AUGCCGCCUUCUACGAUUAGCGAUGCCGAAUGGGCCUCUAUCGACCCCAAGUUCCGCUUCGAGAUGAAACGGCUGCGUCGUGAGCGCGAUGACAUUGCCGCAGAACGUGACGCAAUGGCUGCUGAACGCAACACGGCCGUCGAUACAGCCGUCAGUGCCCGCGCGCGUCUACAAGAGGACUACGAUAUUCUCUGCGCAGAAAUACAGCAAGCCCACGUGGACAUUAUGACGAAGGAGCUCGAACGCGCCAAGCUCGAAAAGGAUAUCGCUAGCACUCGCGCGGAGGCCACGUCGCUUGUACAGCAACUCCAGGAAGCGCACCAAGAGAAUGAUGAUAGUCGCGCGUUUGUGGAGUCGGAGACGGGUGCGGCUUUGAAGAAGAAGGACGUCAAGCUAGCGCAGGCUUGUGACAGAGAAGAUCGCCUUGUAGCUCGACUUGGUCAGGCGGAGGCGAAUGAGCGAGAAGCGAGAGAGAAGUUGGUUGAGGCGAGGCAGCUCUUGGAAGAGACCAGAACACAUGCGCAGGCAGAGCUGAAUGACGCGCGCACCGGACGAGACCAGGCUCUUUCCGAGCGAAGCGAGCUGGAAGGCAUAGUCGCGGACAAGGAUCAUGAACUGAUCGCGCUACGCAAGGGACUCCAGGAAAAACAGAUCUCUGCAUGGACGAUUUCUGCGCCCGUUGGCCCUGCUCCCCGCGAAGCCGAGGGUCCUGAGGCCGCAAGGACAUCUGAGGAUACCUCGGAUACAUCUCGAAAGACGCAGGUGUCCUCGAAGUCCUUGACUGCGAAGCCGCAGGUGGGACUCAUCGAUCUGACUUUGGAGAGCGACAAUGAGCAACCUGAUCGUGCUUCGUGCGCUCCUGUCAAGUCCUCAGUCUCUUCUUCUACUAGCGCUCUCACGAAGGCUAUGUCUGGGCCGGCGUCGACGCAGAGAAACGCUACCCCGGGACCUGGGCCAUCGACUCUGAGAAACCGCGAGAAAUCUGCAAAGCGCGCCAGGGAGGAGGCUGAACCGGAGGUACAUAUGACGGCGAAGCGCGCCAAGCUCUCUUCCCGAGCGACGCAGGCCGAUGUAUUCGAUGUCGACGCUCAGGCACACGAUCAUGUACCUUCGUCUCUUCGUCAUCGGGUAGAGGGGAUGCGGUCUCUUGCGCUUACGCAAAUUCCCUCCAAUAUGCUUCCAACGCCGGAUAAGCCCACUGCCGGUUGGGUGAAGCGCACUCUCCUCGUCAAGAAAUGGGGCGCUCGUGCCAAGGUCUCCGUCACUCAUCUCAGCGUGUCAUCGCACUUGUUAGAGGCCGACGACUGUCAUGCCUCUCGGUCUCGCCAAGAGCCACCCACCAAGUACCCUGCUGUAUUCUUGGAGCUCGACAUCCUCCACCUAGGUAUACCUUCCCGCCCAGGGCAACCCGGGCUCAUGAUCACCAAUCGCGAGGAUAUUCCAUUCGAUACGCCUAUUCUCACGUUCGUAUGCAAGGAAUCCGAAUGUCUCUUCAUUGGAAGGUACAUUUUCAAGCGCGAGGAGCUCGCAGUUACUCAACAGGAAUGGAAGGGUAUGCCUCAAUGGCUCCGUCGGAAAUGGGCGCACACACUAGCGGAUGCUCACAAGAAUAGCGAGCACCUCCCAGUCGCACUUUCGCUCCUAUCAUCGCUGCUAUGCGAGAAGAACGUAUACAAGUCUGCGGUCUCGAAUCUGAUGCAGACGUACAAUGCCGGGACGACCUAUCAGCGCCAACAGAUGCGCCCGUCGUGGGAGCUGGCGUUGGCAGGUAUGGACAAGGGAUAUGCUUUCUUGGGCGUCAUCACGAUGGAGCCAAUUUCAGUAGCGGAGAGGCUCUAUAAGGAGAUUUGGGACCAUCGCGGCUCGCACCGUGACCGUCGUAAGACGUCCAGAAAAGGAAAGAAGUCUGAACCCAUGGACGAGUCGUCUUAG